AGGUUGUGGAAUCUAUCUCUGGAGUCACUGCAAAACCGCCUGGAUGUGUUCGUGUGUGAUUUACCCUAAGUGGUGCCGCUCUCGCAGAGGCUUUGGACCAGAUCAUCUUCAGAGGUCCAUUCCAACCCCUACCACUGUGAUUCCGUGAAAACACCCUCGGGGCCAGCUCUGUCCCCUCUGGCAGAAGCGCCUCCCCCAGCCCAGACCACCCCGCGGUUUCCCUAAGGGCGGCGCGCAGCCGGAGGCCGGGGCUGUUCGCGAGCACCGGAGGCCCGCGGCCGGGGCAGGCCGGAGGCCGCGCAGAGCCCGGGCGGCGGCAGCGCCGUGGGGCGGCGGCGAGGCGGGGCGAGGUGGGGGCGAAAGGCGACGAGACGGAAGUUGCGAGAGCGGCGCACCAUGGCCACGGUGCCGGCGGGCCCCGAUCCCGGCCUCAAGGCCUCUCCCGGCUCUGUCGCCGUUUCGUCGCCGCUUGACCUCCACGCCGUGCCCAUGGUAGCGCUGAACUACGGCGUGCGGCGCCGGCUCGGCCUCUACCUCAACCCGCGGGCGGCGGCGGCCGCCGACUGGACGGCGCUGGCGGAGCAGAUGGGCUGCGAUUACCUGGAGAUCCGUCGGCUGGAGGGGCAGUCCGACCCUACCGCCGCCCUUCUGGAGGACUGGCAGUGCCGCUGCCCCGGCGGAGCCACCGUCGGCCACCUCCUCGACCUCCUUCGCGGCCUGGGCCGCCACGACGUCCUUCUGGACCUGCGCGACAGCGUGGAGGAGGACUGCAAGAAGUACCUGCAGAAGAAGCAGGAGCGGGCUGAUCAGCCGCUGCAAGUGCCUGCUGUGGACAGCAGCAUGCCAAAGACAUCAGAACUGAUGGGCAUCACCACCAGGGAUGAUCCCUAUGGAAGUGGAAAAGAGAUGUUUGAUGCCUUCAUCUGCUACUGUCAGAAAGACCUUCAGUUUGUGCAGGAGAUGAUCAGGGAGCUGGAACAAACAGAGUUCAAACUGAAGCUCUGUGUAUUUGAUCGGGAUGUCUUGCCAGGAACGUGUGUGUGGUCCAUCAGUGGAGAACUUAUAGAAAGGAGGUGUCGGAGGAUGGUGGUUGUCAUUUCAGAUGAUUACCUGGAAAGUGAUGAAUGUGAUUUUCAGACUAAAUUUGCUCUUAGUCUUUCCCCAGGUGCUCGUCUCAAGCGGCUGAUUCCAGUCAAGUGCAAAACCAUGAAGAACGAGUUUCCAAGUAUCCUGCGGUUCAUUACAAUCUGUGAUUACACCAACCCGUGCACGAAAAAGUGGUUCUGGACCAGACUGGCAAAAUCCCUCCUGCUGCCGUGAUGCAGAGUCAUCAGAGCUGGUUGCUCUUUUGUCAUCUGGCCUGGCUGUGCCUUCACACCAUGGUGUCCUUCACACAGGGUCUUUUACCACUUCACAACCUGGAUCCUUGCAAUCAGUGUUUAGAGCCUGUGACCAAGAGCAAAGAAUUUCUCCAGCACUUCCUCAGAAGGGGAAAUCAAAUGCUUGUGUGGGAGCUCCUGUUCAAGUCAUGAGCAGCAGCAUCCAGCAUUUUGGGUAGUAAGCACUUGCACUGAAAAGAGGGAAACUA